AUGUCCUUCUUGUUCAAAGCGACUAAAAAAGGUGGAUCAGGAACAUACCCAGCGCCCACGUCGGCCCCUUCGCGAGACGUCCGUUCACCGGAUGGUACCAACAGUGCUCAUUCAUCGUUCAAUGGCAAGUCGGCCUCGCCAAUCUCGGGAGUGAGCUCAGGCGCAAAUCAUCCCUCCGGAGCCGAUCGCUCAGGAGCCACUUCACGCACAGGGGAGGAAUCGCAUUCACCAUCGCAGUAUCCACGAUCAUCGCUGUCGCGCGACGAAGUCAGCCGGAGCGCAGCCGCAAGUCCAGAGCAGAAGACCUUGCGCGAUUCCGGUCGUGAUCCCGUGCGACCCGCCCGUCCAGACGGCUCUCUCUCCAAAACACCCGACCAGAUGCAGCUCGCACAGCAACAGCAGCGCUUGCCGCUGCAGGCGCGCCCGCCAGGCGACCCGUCGCCAUACCCAUGGUCACAACGGCAGAUGACAUUUUCUGCGGCGAUCAACUCGAGUCCGUUCCCUCGAUACGGGGCUGCGGUGAACGCAGUCGCCAGCAAAGAUGGCUCAGUCUACCUCAUGGGUGGUCUUAUCAAUGGCAGCACCGUCAAAGGUGACCUGUGGAUGGUCGAGGCUGGUCCCGGCGCCAUGACCUGCUAUCCGGUCGCGACCACGAGCGAAGGACCUGGACCAAGAGUCGGGCAUGCGAGUUUACUCGUGGGAAACGCAUUCAUUGUCUUUGGCGGAGACACCAAGAUGGACGAAGGCGAUCUCCUGGACGACACCCUCUACUUGUUGAACACCUCCACAAAACAAUGGUCAAGAGCGCUACCCGCCGGACCUCGACCCCCUGGUCGUUACGGACACACUUUGAAUAUCCUCGGCAGCAAAAUCUACAUUUUCGGCGGUCAGGUCGAAGGUUACUUUUUUAAUGACUUGGUCGCAUUCGACCUUAAUGCCCUGCAACAGGCGACGAACCGAUGGGAGAUCCUCAUCCAAAAUACGAUCGACGGCGGACCGCCACAUGGUCAGAUUCCGCCUGCGCGGACCAACCACACCAUGGUCACCUGGGGCGAUCGGUUAUAUCUCUUCGGAGGCACAGACGGCAUCCACUGGUUUAACGAUGUUUGGUCAUACUCGCCUCACACCAAUUCAUGGACUCAGCUGGAAUGCAUAGGAUACAUCCCUUCUCCGCGUGAAGGGCAUGCGGCGGCGUUGGUCGGAGAUGUCAUGUACAUCUUCGGUGGUCGCACCGAAGACGGAAACGAUCUCGGUGAUCUGGCUGCGUUCCGCAUCAGCUCAAGGCGCUGGUACACCUUUCAGAACAUGGGACCCAGCCCCAGCCCCCGAUCCGGCCACAGCAUGACGACGGUCGGAAAACAGAUUGUCGUUCUGGCGGGCGAGCCUAGUAGUGCGCCUCGCGACCCGGUCGAGCUGGGAUUGGCCUACUUUCUCGACACCAACAAGAUUCGCUACCCAGCGGACAAUGCGCAGCCGAACUCGGCAGGCCAGACGCAGGGACAGCGACGUCCCAGCACCGAAGCGAAUGCUCGCCCAAUGAUGCAGAGCCGUGUACCGCCACAGCAAACGAUCCCAGAGCGCAGCACCAGCGCGAAUGGCAAUCGGGUCAAAUCACCCGACAACGCAGCGCGGCUCCCCAUGUCUGCACAAGGCCAGCGACCUGCGCCGACCGGACCGCCUCCACAAGCUCCUGGUCAAGCGCCGGGGCAGAUCCGACCGAACGGUGCUGUGCCACCUGCACGGCAGCCUACGAGACCGGCCGACCGAGCGCUCAGCCCGUCCACCGAGACCACGCGCGGGCCGCGGUAUGACAGUUCCGGCAUGUCGCCGACCGACAACCUCCGCGCGCCUCCACCGCAGCCAUCGAUAUCUGCAGCAUCGAAUUAUGAAAACGACUCGUUUUUCGAUGCCGCCGAACAACCGCGGCCAGCCUCGAGACAGAAGCCCGAGACCUACCAACCUUCAUCAGAGCCUUCCACGGACACGUACGGUGGUGUCGUAGCUGCACGUGCGCCUGCUCCAAGGACGGAGCCCGAACCGCUCGAGACCUCCCGUCGAUCGAUCGAUACCGCAGAACCACUCCCGCGGGUUCAGAAAAUCUCCGAGGAGCACGAACGACCUCAAGAUUCCGGGCUCGGAUCGUCUCCCGCGCUCACCCACCAGUAUGAUGUCCUCGCGCGAGAACUCGAGCAGGCCCGACAGAAGAAUGCCUGGUUCACCUCCGAAUUGGCGCUCGCUCGCAAAUCGGGAUAUCAGUCACGCGACUCGCCGAUCUUGGAUGAUGGUUCUGGCGGCAGCCUUAACGAUGACGAUCGGCCGUUGGUGGAAGCGUUGCUCAAGAUGCGCGCGGAGCUCAGCCGAGUGCAGGAGACGAUCGACGAGCAGAGCCGAAGCGCGGCGGAGCGCAUAGCUGAAAUGGAGAAGCAGCGCGAUGUCGCCAUCAACGAAGCAGUCUUCGCCAAGGCGAAAUUGGCCGGGCAGACUGGCAGUCCCCGCGGAGAUGGUGGUGACAAAUCAGCCCGCACAGAUGACAUCAGCCGACGCCUGGCGAGUGCCCUCGAGGCGCAUAGUGAACUCAAUCGCCGGUAUGAAGCUCUCUCGCAGGAAAUCGAGGCGGAGAAGAAGGCGCGUGAGUUUGCGGAGGAUACCGCUGAAGCGGCGCAGAAGCGUGUCACCGAGCUCGAUGCGCAUCGUCAACAACACGCGAUCGAAGUGGCCAACCUACGCGCGGAACUCCAUGAGACCCAGACCGUGGCACGCGCCGCCACUGCCGACCAUUCCGAGAUUGCAUCGAAACACAAGCUGUUGAUCGUCGACCACGAUGAAAUGACCACGAGGUUUCAGACCGCUCUCACGGCGACUUCGAAUCAUACUGCGAUCUUGGCAUCCCUCAAAGAUGCUGUCGCAGCUUCUUCGGAUAAAGCGCAGCUCAUGGAGAAGAAACUGGAGGAGGAGCGCGCCGGCCGCGCCGAGCUCGAGCGGACCGUCCGUGAACUCAACGCGCAACAAGCCGAACAUGCUAGCCAGUUGGAGAACAGCACACGUGCGCUACGCGAAGCUGAGGAGCUGGCUCGGACGCACGCCGAAGAGGCGCGCACUCACCGAUCCGCUGUCCUUGCAGGACUCGGUCACGUCACGGAGCGUGACGUCAAUGCGUCUCAAGCCAACGACCAGCGAAUCGUGGUUCUUCAAGAGCAAGUCGAGGCAGCCAAUGCAUUGGCGCGACAGAACCAGAACGCUGCGGACACUGCUACGGAUAAGCUCCGUCGUGCCGAAGAGCGCAUCGCGGGACUCGAGGCUUACCAAGAGCAGGCGAGCCGGGAGGGUCUGUCGAUCCGCAAGCAGCUCCAAACGACGAUGAAGGAGAACAACAACCUCACGGCCGAGAAGGCCGCGCUCGAACAGAAGAUGGAGCGACACAAGUUGGAGACGAAUGCAUUGUCGGUGCAGCAUGCAUCGUUGAAGGAUAUCCUCGGCGAGCGUGGAGUCAAUGCCUCCGAGGUGCGAAGAUCGCGUGCCAUUGACUCACCGAGCAGCGCUCGCUUCAGCACCCCUGAUCCCCACCGCUUCCGCGAGCUCGAGCAGAAUUACGAGACCAGUCUAAAGAACCACGAUGAGCUCCGGGCACAGUACGAAGAAGUGUCGGAACGCAACGAGAAGAUGAAACGCGACUACGAGGAGAAGCUGAUCGCGCUCGACAACGACCACCAGGCCGCGGUCAAAUACCUCCGCGGUACAGAAAAGAUGCUGUCGAAGCUGAAACAGGAGCUCCAACGCGUCAAGACGGAGAACAGCGACCUCAAAAAGAAGGUCGACAAAGCCAAGGACGAAUCCGAGUCCUCCCGCGACCUCAACGGCGCCGCCGGCAUCGAAGCCGCCCAGCUCCGCCAAGAACUCGCCGCCGUCCAAGCCAGCCUGAAGAGCUCCGUCGGCGACCUCGAGAACCAAAUUCUCUCCAUGCAGAGCAAGCUCCAACACACCGAAGCCGAGCUCGCCCAAGUCAGCACCACCCACGCCAGCACGACCAGGGAACUCUCCACCCUGCAGACCUCGCACAGCCUCGCGCGUGCCGACCUCGACCGCCUCCAGAAGGAAAACUCCCUCCUCGAACACCGCGCCAAAGACGCCGAGGACAAGGUCCAACUGCUGCUCGACCAAGUCGAACACAGCGUCGACAACUACCGCCGCCAAUCGCGCAUCUCCGCGAGCGCCGGCGGUGGGGGCCACGCCACCCCUCUCGCCAACGGCCACCACCGCGGCCUCAGCGCCGACACCGCGACCUCCCGCCACCACAGCCGCGGCACCAGCCUCGGCGGCGAAUCCGCCUACGACGACGCCCAGGACGACGCAUCGGAGCUCACCGCCCACGGCGGCGACCCCAACGCCCAUUCCGGCGGCGGCAACUCCGGCAGCGGCAACGACGCCCGCAACUCCCUCGCCCUGGAUUCCCUCGCCAACGAACUCGAGACGCUCCGAAGCCACUGGGAGACGGCGAAGAACUACCGGCUCAGCGACCGCUUCGACUUCGAGCGGGGCACUGCCGGCGGUGCCUCUUCCGCCUCCCACGGGGCUUCCUCUUCUUCCGGAACGGCGGGCGGCGCGGGCACGACGUCCGCCCUCGCCGGCGGCGCGAGCAUCGCCAAUUGGCGCCACGCCCUCGGUCUCGGCGAUGACGAUGACGACGACGAGGAGGAGGACGAUGACGACGACGAGGAGGAGGACGAUGACGACGAUGACGAUCUCCUCGCCGCUGGCCCCUCGGCGGCUCUUGCGCAGGAGCGGAGAGGGCCGGCGGCCAGCGCGGCGGCCGCGGCGGUCGCAGGGAAGAGCGCCACCGCCAGCGCGAGCAAGAAGGACGCCGGGAACGGGAGCGAGGGCGGGUCGACGCCCCGGAUGGGCAUGAUCUGA